AUGGCUAUUCAAUCGUCGCCAAUGGCCUCCGUCACGCGCUCCACCAGGAAGGCGAACACUGAAGGCCUCCAGCAGCUUCACCCCCAUCCGCCGCCGCAUCCCCUUCACCAUCCCGUCCAGCAGGCCUUCGCCGCCAACACGAACACUGUGACGCGCGCCGCCCCCCAAAACAUCUCCGGCUACCACCACCAGCUGUCUGCCCGCACCAAGCGUCAGCUCGACCCGGCCGAUAUCGUCGAUUUUAACCACCAAAAGUCGAAGCGAUCGCGUUCGAGCAUCGAGAUACUCAUCAAGCCUGCCCUGCAGCCCAUCAAGCCUAUCGUUGCCAACGCGACUCCCCCCAACAUCACCCCCAUUCCGCAACCGACCACAACAACGCCUCAGGCGGCCCCCCUAGCGAAGCCGAAGCAGACCCCGAAGCCUGCACAACACGUCGCGACAGUGCAUCCCCUGAGCACUCCCUCGGCUCCUGCGACCGAAAAUGCUCCUCAGUUGACAAAACAUCAAGAAAAGGUCAUCAACGGCAUUAAACAUGAGUUGGAUCGCUUGCAGCCCCGCGAGACCGAUACCCACACAAAGGAGGGGGGCCGCAAACUGCGUUCCCAAGAGGCUACUCGUUUCAAAAGCGAGCUGUCAGCAUACUUUCCCGAGUAUGACGAAGUCAUCGGAAAUGACCCCAAAGAACAACCAGACUUGUUGAACGUUGAUACCCCCAUAGUCAUUUUUGACUCGAACCCCACACGCCCUUACCCCAUCGCCUGGCAUCGCUCUCUUGGUGCGGAGCCUAGUGUGCUGAACGAUGCCUCAACAACCUCGCAAAGCGGACAGAAAGUCCCUGUGCGCGGCUUUGGCGACGCCUUGUUCGACGAACUUGUCGAUGCCCAGCGAAUAGACUUUGACUUCCUCGGCAUUUCCCACAAGAGAGAACCCGUCGAGGAUCCACUUCCAGAUGCAUCCUUUGUGCCUUCGCAUAAGAGGGCCGAGAGACUGGAGAGAUCCAUACGUAAUACAGAACGUGGUAGAGCCCAACAUGAAAAGGACCAGAUCGCCCGUUUGUUAGGUGGCCUGCAGGGUCAUGAUUGGUUGCGGGUCAUGGGUGUCAGUGGUAUAACAGAGAGCCGUAAGAAGCAGUUUGAGCCUGCGCGUCAACAUUUUAUCAAAGGUUGCCAAGCCAUUCUCGAAAGGUUCCGACAGUGGAGCUUGGAAGAGAAACGUCGCAAGGCCGAAAAAGAUCGUGCACUUGCAGAAAGAGCCGAGGCAGAGGAUACGAGCGAAGACAACUCUGCACCAGACUCUGCGAGCAGCGAUGAAGAGGAGGAUGGCGGAGACGACGGUGGCGAUAUCAGUGACGGCGACCCCCCGGGCUCUUCUGACAACGACUCCGUGACCAAGCAGCUUCGCGAAGAAGCCACGGCGAGGUCGAAAGGGUCAAAGAACAGCAGGAAGCGUCCAAGGUUGACACCGCAACCCCGACAUCCUCCUAAGCCAGAGCCCCCGAGAGAGUUCAAAUCGUUCUUCCAGAAAAGAUACGAGCGAGACGCCGCCUUGCAUCGGCAUAGACGAGCUGGCCGAAAAGUAGUAGCAUGGGGACAUCCGAUACCAGAGAUACCCGAGAUCGAUUUUGAUCUCCCUGAAGAGUUUCGGGACGAGGAGACAUUGAAGAUGCAGGCGAGGAAGAGACGCCGCGAUCGCCGAGGCAGACACUGA